CACCUGUACUCACCUGCACUCACCUGCGCACCCAGGCCCCGCCCCCUCGGGCCCCGCCCUUCCCGCGCUCUCGCGAGAGGGGCGGGGCGGCGCUCCCCGGCCGCCGCCGCCGCCGCCGCCGCUCCCGGCCCGUCCCGGUGCAUUCGCGGCCCGUCCCCGUCCCCGCCGCUCGCUGCAGCCAUGGCGGGCGCGGCCCCGGGCUGGGCGCCCACCCACGUGCGGGUGACGGUGCUGCGGGCGCGGGGGCUGCGCGCCAAGGCGGCGGCGGGCGGCAGCGACGCGUACGCGGUGAUGGCGCUGGGCCGCGACAAGUUCCGCACGUCGGUGGCCGAGCGGUGCCGGGGGGAGCCGCUGUGGCGGGAGGAGGCCACGUUCGAGCUGCCGGCGCGGCCCGCCGCGCUGCGCCUCACGGUGCUGCACCGCGCCCUGGCCGGCGCCGACAAGUUCCUGGGCCGCGCCGAGGUGGAGCUGGCCGCGCUGAGGGACGGCGGCGGCCGGCAGCACACCAGGUGGUACAAGCUUCGCUCCAAACCAGGGAAAAAGGAGAAAGAGAGAGGGGAGAUCGAGGUGGAUAUCCAGUUCAUGAGGAGCAACAUGACAGCCAGCAUGUUUGAUCUGUCCAUGAAGGACAAGCCCCGCUCUCCCUUCGGGAAGCUCAAAGACAAGCUCAAGGGCAAGAGGAGCAGUGGCCUCUCAGACACGGCGUCGGCCAUCGUCCCCAGCACGUCCCACUCCCCUGCUGACAGCGAGGAUGAGGCAGUGGAGAAGGAGAAGAAGAAAUCCAAGUUCAAAGCGCUGUUCUCCAAGCCUGGCCUGCAGAAGACAUCCCUGUCCCAGUCCAUGUCAGUGCUGCCCACUCAGCAGCCCCUCACCCAGAGGGUUCGCCUGCGACCCAGCGACUUCCAGGCGCAGUGGGAUGAGGAGGAGUCCGAGACCUCUCCUGCCUCAGAACGAUCCUUUGAAAGUGUGCCGGAACAGAAGCCAGCUCCUUCUCCUCUGUUUAAAUCUCGUAAACCAGCCUUUUUGGACAGUAGGCAGCUAACCCAGGGAACCACUAACCAUACCAAAAAGGAUGGGCUCUCUUUGUUCAGUGGCCUUAAAUCCAAAAGUGAUCCCGUGUCCAAGUCUAGUCUGUGCAUCAAUGGCAGUCACGUUUAUAUGGAAGAGACCACGACGAAGGACAAGACUCCAACCUCCUCCCCCUCUCCUCACAACCUCAGGAGGAAGCAGCUCUUUGCUUCAGAGGAGAACCUGUCCUCCAGGUCCACGAAAUCACCUGAAGAGAUGGGGAGAACCUCUCCUGGGCAGGCAUUCUCUGGGUCCACAUCCUUGGAGACCUUCAAAUCCAUGACUUUACCGUCAUACAAACUGCUCAGCAGUGAGGAGCACCUGGACACCAGCGUUCCACCAACCGUUGAGCCUGUUAGAGAGACCAAAAAACCAGACCACAAAAAGUCUGCCUUGCUCUCCCUGGUCACUGGGAAGAAGGAAACAGCGAAGCCCAGCGAUGCUGAGAUUAUUCCCGACAGGACCCUGCAGAGUGAGGAAAACACAAUUCUGGAAGAGAAGAGUGAAGAGGAGGCCAAAUGCCCUGAAGCCCCAGCAGAUGUGGGGAGAGGGAGCCCGUCAGGAGACGCUCACCACGCGGAGGAGGCCGCCACAACCAAGCAGCUGCUCAGCCCUUGCGAGGAGGAACGGAAACCCGAGAAAGCUGCUCCAGCCAAGACCAAAGCUGUGAAACCCAGACUCCAUCCUGUGAAGCCAAUGAAUGCCAUGGCAAACAAGCCUCAGAGCAAGAACCUGAAUGUCAUCAGCACCAUGAAUGAAAAGCUGCUGGAAAUGAGUGUGAAGAAAUAUGAUCCCUCAGACCCUGCCUAUGCCUACGCUCAGCUGACACACGAUGAGCUGAUCCAGCUGGUGCUGAAACAGAAGGACACCAUCACCAGGAAGGACCUCCAGGUGCGGGAGCUCGAGGACUACAUCGACAACCUGCUCGUCAGAGUCAUGGAGGAAACCCCAAACAUCCUCCGAGUUUCCAUGUCUGGCAACAAAAAAGCUGGGAAGAUGUGAAGGGUCUGGUGGGCAAGGACUGAGUUCCCCAGGGGAGGGUGAGGAGCUGCUGGUGCUGCUUGUGCUGCUCACAGAAAGUGACCUUUUCCUGUUCCUGCCUUGAGCAACCCUCAGAUUGAUUAAUAGUUCCAUCAGGUGUUGUAAUGAAGUCACGUUAUUUAUUUUUUGGUUUCUUCCCAUUGUUUGGGAAGGUCAGGCAUUAAUCCCAAGGCUGGUUGCGAUGGGAAGGAGGAGGGUUUUUGAUGUGUUUUGCUUCCCAGCAAGGCACUGAUGAUCCUUUAGGAAGAAGUUUUUGAAAUGGUUUUGUUUUGUAGCAGCUUUUAGAGAUCAAUUACUUUUCUUUCCACAUCUGAAGUUGUAGUGCAAUAUAAAUCCUUGUACAGUAGAGCUUGAGGAUUUGAUUGUUUUAAAAUAAUAAUGAACUACACUGGAGAGGUCCAAAGAUGGCCCAGCUUCAGACCUGGGCUGGAAUUUAAAAGGAAUUAAUGCCCUGGAAGUUGACUGUAAGCUGAUCAAAUCUCAGUUCAUCUCAUCAAGUGGACAUUCCCAAGAGUCCUUCAAGGGAAAGUUUUCAGGUUUUUCGGAGUAGGAGUCACUGAGUUCACAGCAUGUUUCUACCAUAGGAAUGGCGUCAAUGAAUUUAGGCCAAAGGUACAUUUUAAAUCAGAAAUUGUUCUCUCAGUGUCUUAAAUUUCUGCUCUGGAGGUUGUUCAGAGCAGGCAGAGGCUGCCCUGGCUCUGCUCUCACCCCUUGUGCCCUGUGGGAGCUCUGUGCCCAUUUUUACACUGAUUGAGGACACAGAAAUCCUUUGAGGGUUGGAGCUGGGGCUCACCUUGAAGGCCCUUCCUAAGGUACAUUUUAAAUCAGAAAUUCUUCUCUUAGUGUGUUAAAUUUCUGCUCUGGAGUUUGUUCAGAGCAGGCAGAGGCUGCCCUGCUCUCACGCCUUGUGCCCUGUGGGAGCUCUGUGACCUUUUCCCUUUUACACUACAGUGAGGACACAGAAAUCCUUUGGGGGUCGGAGCUGGGCUCACCCUGAAGGCCCUUCCUAAGGUACAUUUUAAAUCAGAAAUUCUUCUC